AUUAGGCCGACGCCUGUCUAUCUUGAAGGAUCACCCAUCCGCAGUACGCAUCUACUGGUAUAUUAGUGGAGACCUGCAUUGUGCCCCGUAUUUUGGGAAUCGUACCGUACAGAAGAUUAAGGUGUAACAACCUUUUUCCUUUCGCUCCGGUUUCUCGACGCCGCCGCAUCUCAUCUUUCCUCACACCUCAAGCCGAAGAGUACCACCAUCACCACCACCUUUCGGGCCAUAUCCUCGGCGUUCUCACCUCGGAAUAUCACAACGAUGGAUUUCUACGUCGAACCGGCCGGCCAGGCAUUCCUUACCGAUCGACUUUCAACAUUCCUAAUAGCUCGGCCAGCGCCAGACGGCCGGAUGACGAGAGUUAUCGCGGUCAGCAGUCAAGAAGCCACAAACUGGAUCGUCGCCUAUGCUAUUCUGGUCAGCAUGAUCUUCGUCGCGCUUGCGAAGUUGACCACCAGCAUGGCGCUCGCGAACUUUCCGCUCGGAAGUAGAGGAAAUCAGUAUGUCAUGCUGGUGUCCUUCUACAACGCCAACUCCCCCACCACGGCCGUCACGCAGACCAUAAACUAUAUCCGCCAGGCGCUCUUCAAUUGUCGCCGAGGAUCCAAGUGGGCGGUCGACUGGCCGACUGUUCGCUCCGGGCUCUGCCUCGUGGCCGUAUCCCUCUUGAUGAUCGGAGGCAGCGCAGCGGCCAAGUUCCUCGUCAGCGGAAACCAGCUCAUCGUUAGACGUGCAGCAAGAGCAAACCCGAAUGUGAUGUUCUAUCCCGACCUCGCAUCAUCACGUGAAAGUUCGGACCAGUGGGUGACUGUUCAGCCAGUCAGGGCUGGUGCAGCUUUCCAAGCCCUCGGAAGAGUCGCCGCCUCGCAAUCAAGAGUCCAAGAAGUAGUCCACAUUUCAUCCGAUAUCGCCAACACCACCGACGGACCGUCUUUGUCGUUCCAGUGGAGCUAUGCCAUUACCGGCGAGGACAUGGGGUUGCAGCGGGCUCCGAACCUGAAAUAUUCGGUCACCGGACAAUGCCGCACCCGAUACGACUGGCUCAAUACAACACUACCGAGAUUCGACGUCUAUCCACUUUUCGGAAUACGCGGCUACGACGACGCCACCACGCUCGCCGACGGUGCAAACGGGAUUCCAGGAUGGGUCAACACGUUUCCGCACCCCAACGGAUUGAACCUGAGCAGGGCUGCGGACCACGGCUACGAGUUUGCCAUGGUUCCAAACACCGUCUACCGCUCAACCAACCUGGAGAAUACCGACGAUAUCUGGUACAUGACCGAGGACAAUCCAGAUUACAUCCCGCCGAACGGCACGAACCAGGUCGUGGAGAUAUCGCCGUAUCGCGUGCGGCGUGGCCGGCCGGCGCUCCAAUGCUGGCAGAACGACACCUGGUCGCUCGGCGCCAACUCGGUCUAUUUCGUGGAAGAUCUCAAGGACCUUCCGGGGUUGCAGCUGUCUCCAUUCCUGCGCGACAUCGUGUUCGCACGCGAGUUCGGUUCCCCUCCAUUGAUCCAGAUCGGAAACAAUCUCGGCUUCGCGCGUCUCCAGUCGUCGCUGUAUACCAACGCCAACAGGCGCAACUUCAACGCGCAUUACUCCAACACCACCAGGGAUCUGGAACGGCUCGUCCAGAUCAGCUUCGUGUCGUCGCGUGAGGUCGUCCGCAAUCUGGUCAUGCUCUACAGCUCCCUCGCUAGCCAGGCGGAGGUAAGGAAUGUGGCGGCGGACGACAAUGGACAGGUGCCGUAUGACAACGCGGAUUUUAUCGUCGAGAGUCACGACGUGGCGGCAAUGUCGGUCCUGACGCUGACCAUCACGCCGUGUGUGUGCGCCUUGCUCUGGAUCAUCGUGCUCAUCCGUGGAAAGAUGGAUUACUCCCGUGCGAAGGCCAGGAACGAUGGCGCCAAAUCUCGGCACAAUCUCCGUGCCAUUGCACUCCAGGCAUCGCAGCUCUACCGAUACCUGGACGAGGUGUUGGCGAACGAAGGAGAACCCCGAUGGUCAGGCAGAACUUCGAUGACGCCGUUCGUCAAGGCUCUUCCGGAUCCUGGCGGCUCAUCGGAAGCCGAGCACAGGUCGCCCUUCGUACAGCCGAAGCUCGUCAAGAUCCAGAACACUAAUCUGCCAUCAUCUCCGAACGAAAAGCAAGGCGCUGCAAGCGUUGCACAAACAACGCCGCGCUCAUUCUGGUCGAAGCUGAUGUUCUGGAAGACGGAUGAAAAUACCCCCGCGUACGAGAUUAGGAUGACGCACCAGUGGGAGGAAGUGAAUCUGACCUUUGGUGAUGUGCUGAAGGAUUUAACCAUGUGACCCUAUGUGAUACGAUUUUCCUCGCCCCUCAACUCUGCGUCUCUUUGGAGGGAUUGUUCGCCGAAGAAUUAGUACUUGUUUC